AUGAGGCGAGACUUUUGGACACCCCUCAGCCACUCCACUAUCUGCUCAGACCACUUUGAAGAAAGCUAUUUUGACCGGACUGGACAGACAACUAGACUUCGUCCUGAUGCAGUCCCAACCAUCUUCAACUUUCCUAAACAUCUUUUGAAGCAACCCAUUGACGACUGUCAUCAAUCAGAUCAUGGAACCGAAGAGAUUUCAACUCCUCAAAAACUUCCCAGUAGCUCUGAAUGCUCAAAGAUGCAUCCACUAACUCUUAUCAAGAGGAAGACAGGCAUGACCCACCAAGACCUCACAUAUUCCAUCAGUGACAGUCCACGCAGUGUAAAGCGAAAGCUUGACAAAUUGCUUGACCAUACUUCCAAUCUUUAAAAGCGUUUGAAAAAUUCUCAAGCAAAAUCUAGGCGUCUACGAAAAAAGGUUUAAAGCACACUCAAAGACGUAGUUUCAACACUGAAAGGGAAGAAUUUUCUUUCAGAGAAUGGACUUGAGGCACUGGACAAGACAUGCGACAUUCCUAGUGAACUUAUUAAUAGAAUUGUGAGGAGAAGAAGGUAUGACAAGCCAUCAGGGGAGAAAUAUCCACCUGCUCUUCGUGCAUUUGCCAUCACCCUUAACUUCUAUUCUGCCAAGGCUUAUAGGUACGUUCGGAAGACAUUUGAUUUGCAACUACCCCAUCCUUCAGUUAUCCGAAAUUGGUACAGUGUUGUGGAUGGCCAACCAGGAUUCACCGAUGAGGCUUUUCGCAGCCUUGUCCUGAAAGUGAAUGAGGCCAAAGAUGCUGGUCGGGAACUAGUUUGCAGUCUAUAA